AUGGGACGUAAAUCGAGGAAACGGCGUCGAUGUUCCAUCGAGGAGGGUCGCGUUGGCUGCCCAUUCACCGUGAUUACGCUCACCGACCAGAGCUCCGAACGAACAUCCGAGAAGAGGAAACAACAUCAUGGUGACAAGGUUGACAGGCAAUUCACCCAGCUCUCACCCUUCAAGCCGCAAGGAAAAUUCAUAUCGAACCAAAGCAUGGACAUGUCGUACACAAUAGAGCCGUUGAAACGCUGGCAGGAUAUGACGCGAUAUCACACCUUUAUUCUUAACGGGCAUACAUACCGAACGGACGAUUUUGUAUACGUUGGCAACGAUAACUCGAUCAAGGCCCAGAAGGCAGCAUGUAGAGACAAGGACCGAGCAACAUCGCCACAGUUGACACAGCAUUGGGUCGCUAAAGUUCUGGAGAUCAGGGCGGCGGACGAAAACCAUGUGUAUGCCCGUGUCUACUGGAUGUAUUCCCCGGACGAGUUGCCCCCUAACACUCGGCAUGGCGAGGAGACGAUUGAAGGUCGGCAGCCAUAUCAUGGCAAGAACGAGGUAAUAGCUUCGAAUCACAUGGAUAUUAUCAACGUCGUCAGCGUUGUUACAGAGGCCCUAGUGCAUCAAUGGAUUGAAUCAAACGACGAUGAAACUCAUGAUACCUUAUAUUGGCGGCAAGCAUUCAAUGUUGCGACACUGGAGCUUUCCUCAGCAGAGCUGAUCUGCAAUUGUCGCACCCCAGCACAUCCAGAAGAACUUUUAGUCGGCUGCACAAGUCAAGACUGCGGGCAGUGGUUACAUGAGAAAUGCUUGCGGGAUGCUGUAUUAAAGAGAGUAUACGACCGCUUAGGGGGCGGAAAACAAAACAGUCCAGAGAAUGUCUCAGAUAUAACACUGACGGUAUCUCAGACAACGCCUCCAAGCUCUCUAGUUGAGGGUGGGAAGGAUCCGUCAAACCUGUCCUCGUUAAAAAUGAGCAAAAUUACCAGUAACGAAAUAUAUGACGGUUUAUUCACGGCAGCACUCAAUACGAAAGACGGGCCAAUGCAUUGGGAAAUCACUGAUCAUAGGCAAGACCGUGCUGAAAAUAGUGGCACUUGGAUGGAACGUGUAGACUGCCUUACUUGUGGCACAACUCUUGACUAA